AUGAAUUUAGAAGAAGCAACUACUAGUGAGAGCAUUUUAAAUGGCUUUGUAGGUGCUAAUAACGAGAAUGAGGAAAUAAAACAGGAAAAAAUAGGUGAAGUUGAUAUUACAGAAACACGAAAACAGAAGAGGAAACGAAAAAAAGAAAGCAGUCAUGAAGAAAAUUUAAUAGAUAAUAGUAUUGAUGAUACUCAUGGUCAACAUAAUGGAAAUCAUAUUGAUAUUCUUGAAGAAAUUUCACCUGAGAAUAUAGAAAAUAUUCAAAUUGACACCCCUGAUCAAAAUAUUGAUAGUACAAUUGAUGAUCAAGAAAAUAAUCAUAUACCAAAGAAGAAGAAGAAAAAAGAUAAGCACAAGUCGGUCAAAGAAGUUUCAUCCAUGAAUAGUGAAAAUAGUCAAAUUGACAAUGAAGUAGCAUACUCUGAUAUACAAUUAGAAAAGAAAAAGAAGCACAAAAAACAUACCAUCAAUUCAGAAACUAAUCUUGAUAUUACGAACAGUAGUAAUACAGAUUUGGUUAUCAAAGAUAAGAAAAGUAAAUCCAAAUGUUCUGUAGAUAAUGAAGCUAAUUCAAAACAAUUAAUUGAUAGUAGUUCAGAAUAUACUAAUAAACAUAAAAAAUCAAAACAAAAAUCAGAUAAAGAUGAUUUAUCACCAGAAACUGUAGUAUCUGAAUUAUGUACUGAUGACACAAAUAAACAAGAACAGAAGAAAAAAAAGAAAAAAGAAAAGAAAUUAAAGGAAAAGUCAGAGGUCGAUCAAGAAUCAGAAUCUUCUAAACUGAUUGAAAAUGACAUAGUCCAAGAGAAGAAACCAAAGAAAUCUAAACAUCAAGAUAAAGAAAAAAACUCCACAGUUUCUAAUUGUGAUUUGCACGAAGCUCAAUUAGAUAAUGUAUCUGUAAUUCAGAAAAAGAAUAAAAAAUCCAAGAAACAUAUAGCGGAAAGUGAUGAAAAUCCAUGUACUGAUCAAAAUCUAGCGUCUGAGGAAACCGAAGUGCCAUUGAAAAAGAAAAAGAAAAAUAAGAAGUCAAAAUCUGAAGUGUUGUGCUGA